UUAAAAAUCCAAAUUAUGUAUAUGUUGGCUAAAUUUAUAUUUAUUUUCCUUUUAUUUUUCUGCACCUGCUCAAUUUCAAAAUCGACUUUUGCUGAUAUUUAUAAUGGUGUUAGUAAUGAUGGCGAUGAUGAUAUUAUUGAAUCAGCACUUAAUGCAAUAUCUGUAGCCUCGACGGGAGCAGCCGAUGAAUUAUUAGCUUUGGGCAAUUUGAACCAAAAUACAGCAGACUUUAUGAAAAUGAUCAUUCCAGUUGGAGGAAUCGUUGCGAAGGAGAUUAACCCUAAAGAAGGUUCCCCAGCUUAUAAACAAUUGGAAAAAUUCAAAACUAGAACUGAAGAAAUUUGGUCAAGGAGAUCCAGAGACAGUAAAAUUGGAAACUACCAAAUUCACGAUUCAAUUGGGUUAUAUUAUGAUGAGGUUACUGAACCGAUUAUGAUAUUAAAAAAGCUAACUGAUCAAAUUCUCAACCCAAAUCUUUACAAAUCUGAACAAGACAUCAAAUAUUUUAAAAUAAAAUGCGAAAUAUCCCCAAUUAAAAUUCUAAAUUUUCUACGGACAUUCCUUGUUAGAUACUGCCCUGAUCCAGUCAAACCAUCCGAGGCAGAAUCAUUUUCUCUUAAAAGAGAGUGGUUAGUCCAAGCUUUAACUCGUUUGUCUGUUUACAAUAAAGGCAAUUCGCCUGAUGUUGGAGACUAUAUAAUGGAAUUUUCUUCUAUUUAUGAUUCAAUUGGUAAAUUACGUUUGCUCAAUAUUGAAAAUUUAGCUACGUUUUCAAAUCAGUAUGCAACAUAUAAAGAGGGAUUUAAGGCGUUAUUUAAAGAAUUACAAAGUUUUAUCAUUACAAAGCAUUACGUCUCUAAAAUAUUCAGGUAA